AUGUCAUCGUAUGCAAGUUCCAGCUCAUGGACUUCGUUCCUUAAAUCCAUAGCCUCAUUCAAUGGCGAUUUGUCUUCGUUGACGGCCCCACCAUUUAUUCUUUCCCCCACAUCGCUUUCCGAGUACUCUCAGUACUGGGCAGAACACCCCGACCUUUUAAUUGAGCCCUCGUUAAUCCAACCUUCCGAGAAUGCCGAUAACACGGAGAAGCAAGCUUUGGCACUCAAGAGAAUCAUUGCAGUGACCAAAUGGUUUAUUUCCACUUUGAGAUCGCAAUACUGCCUGAGAAAUGAGCUGAUGGGGUCAGAAAAGAAGCCACUUAACCCGUUUUUGGGUGAAGUGUUCGUUGGUAAAUGGGACGACGAAAAGUAUGGUGAAACCAUCUUGUUGUCAGAGCAGGUAUCUCACCAUCCUCCGGUCACCGCUUACGCUAUACAGAACAAGAAAAACGAUGUUUUGUUGCAAGGUUACAACGGGAUUAAAGCCCAAAUAUCUGCCGCAUCCAUUAGUGUUAAGCAGUACGGACAUGCUAUCUUGGAGUUUAAAUCGUUGAACGAGUCGUACUUGAUUACCUUGCCACCAUUGCACAUUGAAGGAUUGAUCACCGCCUCGCCCUUUGUGGAAUUGGAAGGUACCUCAUACAUCCAAAGUUCUAACGGAUACAUGGCCACAGUUGACUUUUCGGGAAGAGGAUACUUUUCAGGUAAGAAGAACACGUUCAAGCUGAGAAUCUACCGUGACCAAUUGUCCUCUGCCAACAAGGAUAAUGCCUUGGCAACCAUAUCAGGACAAUGGUCCGGGAAAUCGUACAUUGGUAAGGGUGGAUCCACCCCUUCAUCCAAGACUGACGAGCUCUUCUACGAUGCAAACAGCAAGAAACCAGAACCAUUGACCGUCAAGCCAAUUGAACAACAGCAUAAAUUGGAAAGUAGAAAGGCGUGGGAAAAGGUUGCUGCAGCAAUCAAAAAGUCCGACUAUGACUUGAUCACCAAGGAAAAGACCUUGUUGGAAAAUGAGCAGAGAGAGUUAAGAAAGACGGAAAAGGAGGCUGGACUCGAUUGGCAAACAAGAUGGUUUGACUUCGAGGAUUAUUCUGAUGAAGCAAAGCAAGAUUCUUUUGUGAAUUUGGCGGCACAGGCCAACUUAUCUACCAAGAAUGGACCAUCAGGUACUUUGGUGCAAGGCAAGUACGAUACUGGGGCCGCCAAUCACUGGAGAUUCAAUGCUGGAAAGUGGGAGCAAGAGAAGGAGAUUGUUAUUUAA